UGCCAUGAUAUAUUCCUGAAAAUCUCUCACUAUCAAAUUAAAAGACGGUUGAGCUAUAAUCACAGCUUAAUCCUCUGUAAUCCACAGCUGUACUCAGUUGAGUUUAAAUAGCAGCCAGUGCAAUUACUAGACAGUUGGUUGAAAGCUUUCAAGGAGCGCUCGUCUCAACGGUUUCUUCACAAAAUGGGCAAUGCAAAAAGUGGAGCUCUUUCCAAAGACGUUCUGGAGGAGCUGAAGAUGAACACCAAGUACACAGAGGAACAGCUUUGUGCUUGGUACCAGAAGUUCUUGAAGGAGUGCCCUACUGGUCGCAUCGGUCAAGAGCAGUUUGAACGUAUAUACGCCAGUUUCUUCCCUGAUGCAGACCCGAAGGCUUACGCUCAGCACGUUUUUAGGAGCUUUGAUGCCAACAGCGAUGGGACACUGGACUUUAAAGAGUACAUUGUUGCUCUGCAUCUGACAUCUUCAGGGAAGACCGUUGAGAAACUGGAGUGGGCGUUUGCUUUGUAUGAUGUAGACAGGAAUGGCACCAUUACAAAAAAUGAGAUUCAUGAAAUUGUAAAGUCAAUAUUCAACAUGAUCUCUAAAGAAGACCAGAAAAACCUUCCAGACGAUGAGAACACCCCAGAAAAACGAACAGAUAAAAUUUGGGCCUUUUUUGGGAAAAAAGAAAAUGGUAAAAUAUCAGAGGGAGAGUUCAUUCAAGGAGUCAUGGAGAAUAAGAACAUCCUCAGACUGAUUCAGUUUGAUGAACCCUCAAAGGUCCAAGAAAGGCUCAAAGAGAAGAAGCAAUAA